GACUUGAUCAGUUCGAUACAUUUCCACGAGUCAUGUGCAACAGAAUGGUGCGCAGAGGAAGGAGGAGAAGCGCUACUGUUUACUUGGCCGCAGCUGUAAUUCUGACGUGUUAUUUGGCGCAAACGAUAGACUGUUAUCGACUGAAGAAAACCGAGAGAAGAGAAGGACGAAAAGAAGCCGAUGCAGCCAAAACGAUACGAGUCCAAGAGGGGAGAAUUUUGUUCGGGAAAGUUUUCGAGACCGGCUCAGGCCUUGAGCCACAAGACAUAGACGGGACCAAGAAGUCAAACGCUUCUGAGGAGGAUAGAGCUGCUUAUCAAGCAGACUCUACAGGCUGGUCGAAAGGACAAACUCAAGAUCCCAGUUCCAAAGACGCAUCAUGGAAGCGCAUGGCACCCUCGCUGCAGUGUGGUGGGGACCAGUUGAAGUUCAGAGCAGUGGGACCAGGAGCUUCACAUUUUGCAGUAGAACAAGGUCAUGCACCUCCAAUGCCUCUGUCCCAAGUCCCUUCCACCUGUGGCUACAACAUGCAGAAGAACUCUCUUGGGCUUGCUAUGAUGGUUCCCUAUGAUGGCUGCAACAUGGUUCAAGAGGGUGGAAGUUAUGUGCUCCCGAUGCGUUGGCAGGGAAUUCCAGUCUCACUCUGGUGUCCCAAACCUACAACACCUGCUGCCCAGGUUCCCCAGACACUCCUGGUGCCUCGAACCAGCAAGCACCCAGAUGAUUCAGACCACCACCACCAAGACCAUUUUAUUCCACCCCUCCCAAAUUAUUAUCAAUAUCCUAUGGUACCAAAGAAUCCAGAAAUGCCCCAAGUUCCACAGUCUCCUUGGAACCAUGGUUUUUAUCCCUUUCCGCCCCUUCCAGUAACAGUGGCACCAACCACCACUGCAAAGCCUGUUCCUGUUUACUAUCCACCUUUUCCGUUUCCUUGGCUCCAACCUAUGCCAACUACUGCCAAGCCUACCACAACUAAAGCUCAGUUACCCCCGCUUCCACCAUAUUUUCCUUAUCCCUUCUACCCUCUAUAUCCAACCCCUAAGCCAACAACUACGACAACUAAGACUCAAACUCCACAUGUCCACCUUCCCUUCCCUCCAUAUCCCUUCUUUCCUCCUUAUCCAUAUCCGACCCCUAAGCCAACCACUGCAACAACGACUACGACAACUCAACCUCCACAUACUCAUCCGUACCUUCCCUUUCCUCCAUAUCCCCUCUUUCCUCCUUAUCCAUAUCCGACCCCUAAGCCAACAACUGCAGCUACGACUACUACGACAACUCAACCUCCACAUACUCAUCCGCAUGUCCACCUUCCCUUUCCUCCAUAUCAUCCCCUCUUCCCUCUAUAUCCAACCCCUAAACCAACGACGACAACUAAGAAAACUACUACACAUACUCAUCCGCAUGUCCACCCUCCCUAUGGAUGGCCUUUUCCCUUCCCUCCUUCAGGCUAGCCUGCUGAAACGACUCUAAUAAAUGGUUUGAAUAACA